AUGGAGGAGCCCAGAGCCUCCUACAGGAGGCGCACCAGCUCAGACUCAGGACCAGGGGGAUUGACUGCAGUGGUUGGCAUCAGUCUGGGACUUCUGUUCAUCACACAAGCGUCUCUCAACGUCUUCCUGCGUCUCUACUUCCCUUCAAACAAGAUCAACACGAGCGAUUGCACCAAUGUGACCACAGAGAAGGAAGACCUUGGCAAACCCCUCAACACGUGUCAGAGAUCUCUGUUCCUCAAAAUCCGUGAACUGGAGGAAAAGAUCUCGUCCUUUGAAACCACAAAACGUGAACUGACUGAGGAAAGGGACCGACAGAAGCAAAGACUCCAGAGCAUAGAUCGUUACUUGUCCAGAGGUUGGAUUUAUUUCAGUGAGAGUGUGUACCUGGGCUCCACCACAGAGAGAAACUGGUCUGAGAGCAGACAGUUCUGUCAGGAUCAAGGAGCCGACCUGGUCAUCAUCACCAGUGUCCAGGAGAAGGACUUCAUAAGCUCUAUAUAUAAAGAUCGCAGGUGGAUUGGUCUGAGUGACCUGCAGGAGGAAGGAGUCUGGAGAUGGGUGGACGGCACAAAGCUCACUACGAGCUUCUGGAUGAGUGGCGAGCCAAACGAUACCGGAACUGGAGAAGACUGUGUUGAAAUUAACUAUAAGGGUCAGCUGGGAAGGUGGAACGACGAAAAUUGUGGUGUUGCACAUCAGUUCAUCUGUGAGAGAAGACUCGAUGAUUUGUGA